GAAGAGGUAAAAAGAGGCAAUCAUCUGAAGAAGAUGAAAAUAGUGCAACAAAGAAACUUAAAGAAAGUGAUGUUAUCAAUUGGGAAAAGGCAUUUAAAAUGACUUUUCAAGAUCCUGGAAGCUAUAUAGGCUAUUUACAUGAAGAAAUUCAAUUUGGAAUUAAAAAUGCAAAUGCACAUUAUAAUUAUAUAGCACUUAUACAAAGCUCUGGAUAUGGAAAAAGCCGAGCUGUUGGGGAGCUUUCAAAAUUGAAUUAUUGGAUAUUAUUAUUCUGUUUCCGGUCAAAUGAAUCAUCAGGUUUUCCUCCAAAAACACCCAAAUCUAAUGACUUUCUCAAAGAAUUACAUGAGAGUGAAAAUGCAGAUGAUGCUGAAAAAGUAGCUUUACUUUGGAUUAGUGUUUCUGUGCAAAUGAUUAGGAAAUACAAAGGCAAUGGUUAUGAUUCUAUUGGAUUUUGGGAGAUGCAAAUAAAUAAUAGUAAAAAAUUUUGGGAUGAAGUUGGAAAAGUAAAGGAUAAUCUUUUUGAAGAAAAUUACAACACCCUUAUUGCAAACACACGAAAAUGCUGUGCUGAUCUGGGUUCUGGUAAGGUACUUUGUAUGUUUGAUGAAGCUUCUUGGCUAUUGGAUCCCAGUACUGUUCCAUAUG